AUCCUGAGCAAUGGCUGCUCCGCUGGGAAGUGUUUCUUUGCUUGCGAGGGGACUGUAAUUUCAGUAAAACCACACGAAAAGGGUCAACGUUGUAUUAUGGCACCUGUUGUAAGAGUGCACGAUAAAGGUGACCAUUAUUUACCAGCCUUGCCGGUUAGAAAGGUCACAGAAGAUCAUCUAAUUUCAGCCCCCUGCAUGAGGACGGACACCUCCCGCUAGACCAGGCCGGUCAAAGCCCCAUCCAGCCUUUCGUUGCCUUUUGUGAUUUCUUCGUGCUUUGUCUUUGACCAUAUUAUGAGGCCUUUAAUAGUAUUAGUGAGUCAAAGCAUUUAAAAAAUUCUGAGCGUUUUCGUUCCAGUAACAUUUUACUGGAAUUGUAAACAUUGUAGAGGGUAAUAGCGCAACCUUCCUCACCCAAAUACUGAAAUAAACAAAUUAAUUAAGUUGGUCUGGUCGAUGGCAAUGGAAGAUGAUGAGGGUGAUACCAGCAUUUCUUUGCUGGUGUCACGGGUGCCUUAGCGUUUCACCAGGGAUACCUUCCAUGCCCACUCAGGACCAAGGCUUGAGAGGAUAAGAAUGCUUUUUCAUCACAAGAAAAGGUGCUGCAAAUGUGCUGUAGUUAAAUAAACCGGGAUCCUACAGUAAGCCUUUCUCACCAUAGGAAUGUUGUAUCUUAUCUGGGCAUAUGUUCCUGAGACUUGGCUGUUUUCAUUGGGACUAACAUACUGGCCUCAAAAGUACUGGGCGGUUGCUUUGCCAGCAUACCUACUAGUUGCUAUAGGAAUUGGUUAUAUAUUACUUUUUGGUAUUAACAUGAUGAGUACUGCUCCACUUAACUCCACACAUAACAUUACAGAUAACUAUGCAAAAAAGCAGCAACAGAAGAAAUUUCAAGAAGAAGCGAUUCCAGCAUUGAGGGAUAUUCCCAUCAGUGAAGUAAACAGAAUGUUUUUCCUUCCUGAAAAGGAAUCUGCAAUAGCAGAUAGUUGUUACUAAUUUCCAUUUGAAUAAAACAUUAGUAGAAGUGUUGCAUCAAAACUUCACCAAGCUAUGAAAAAAUGCUUUCUGUUAAUAGAACAAAGCUGCUUUUUUUUUUUUCUUUUCUGAAUUUCUAACUAAAUUUAUGCUAAGACAUUUCAUCGAAAUGCCUUGUUUUAACUGUUAUGCAUGUGCCUUACUGACCUUGGUCAUUGGUAUGAGAAUUAUGCCACGUUAAUUUAUCUAACCAUUCAUGAGUUAAAAAUAGGAUUCUAUUGCUUGUAGAUUUCUGCUGGUAAUGUCACUCUCAGAGUGAAGGAAAUAGCAUUUGAAUGUAGCUUAAUUUUAUUUCCCAUUGAAGUCAGGGAGAGAAAAUGAGUUCUGCAACUCAAAUGCAUGAGGCCCCCCCCCUUUUUUUUUUUUACAAAAUAAGUUAAUUUGAAAUGUUUACAUUGUAAAUAAACUGUUUUCAUGUGUAAAUAGUAAUAAAAUGUGGCUAAUUUUUACUUGA